UCUCUGUCUAUUUUGGAACUUUCACUGUAUAUAUUCUACAUCAAGUACAUACUGAACAUGAAACUUUGAACAUAACACAAUCACGCUUGCUUUUUGAUGAAGAUGUAAACAUGUCAUGAAUUUGGUAUCAUAUGCCGCACUGGCUAUAAUCUAAUGUAAAACAAGGAAAUGUACAGAACGCCCGCCAACACAACCCACGUUGAGCACUUUUAUGUAGGGAUGAAGUGCUGAGAGUCCUCGCGCUGCUGUUCAAAGGACUGAGAAAAGGCAGCGAGACCAGCAACAAUGCCAAUAGCCAUGAUGAAAACGGAAAUGAUGGACCACACAAUGCCCCAGCACUGAGACGAGCCGCCAUAGCGCUUAGCAAAGACACUGGCGUCAGACGAGUUGACCUUGCGAAGGAUCAGGUCGUCGCAAAUGUCCCAGACGCUAUAGAGAGACGACAUGACACCGAUGAAAAGGACGACAAAUCUUAGAGCCUCGGCGUGGACGAUGAACCAACAGGCAAUGAGCAAGCCAACAGCAAGCAAGACAGUCAACACCGUCAACCAGUCACGCUUGCCCCACCACAGAGUGAGGAGGAAGCAGACACCGAGGACGAUGCUGGCUACUUUGGAGGCGACAAUGUCGAAGCCGCAAAAGGUAAGAAGGGCACCGAUAAGCGAAGAGCCGAGAUAUCCAGCAGGCAGAGUGAUGGCGCUGAUUCCGCCCACCAUCUUUGUCACGCCGCCUUCGUUGGGGUCCAGCGAGAUGGACUUGACGCGCCCGCCUGUCAUGACAGCUGUGAUGGCGUGGCCAAAUUCAUGGAAGGCAAUGACGAGCAUCUUGAAGGGCCACAGGAUCUUGUUAACGUACGGCACGUUCCAUAGAAUAGCGAUGACCACGGUAUACGCCGCGAUGACGCCUAGCGUAACUGCCUGUGUAUGUGUCGGGUUGUUGAGAUCGCGCGUAGCCUGUGUAUGUGUCUUUUCGUGGAUAGCGAGGAGGGAUGAUGUGACGGGGUCGACGAGGACCGGCGAAGGAGCCAUCGUGAUUGGCCUGUAGGUGAAUCGGAAGCCGAAAGCUUAUCUGAGGUUGAGAGAUCGCGGGGAGUGGGUAGCGAGCGAGUGGGCAGGUUUGCUUGUUCAGCGCUGCGUCGUUGUGUAGGUUACUAGUAUACAAACGCAAAGGCGAUGAUUCGAAAAAAAAAGAAGGCGAACGAGGUUAGAGAAUGGGGGUAUUGUAAUGGAAAAGGAGGAAAAAACAAAGAUGAACAAAGCGAUAACCGCCAGUAAGGAAAAAAGGACAAAGCGCAGUUGACGCGGCGCAAGCGAGCGAGUGGCGCAGUCACAUUCCAUCGCGAUGCUGUGAUUCGCUGGAGGGGCAGCGCCGCAAGGGGCUGUGGAGGGCUGGGGCGGAGUGCCGCUGCUAUUUUUAACGGGCGACGUCAUGAGACAGUGGAACAUGUGCUGGCCGUUGGGAGCAGUUUUUAGCCGGUAGAUUUUAGGGGUUCGAUGGCGGGUUUUAGCAUUUAUGCAGCAAUUUUGCCAUACGAGAAGAUGUGGAUUGAGGUUUUUGAAGAUCGGUACGGCAGUGCUGAAGCUUGGGGGUGUUUUGUCAGUGGCCAGCUGCUGCCCGCCAGGUUGUUUUAGCCAACUGACUGCCGUGAGGCUGGUGAUUGGUGGUCUUGGACCCCCUAAAUUGUGCUGCUACAGAACAAAAAGAAGGCUCGAGCCGUCUGGCUGCGGGGAUAACCGCUGUACCAAAAUGCAGUUUCACAGCAAAGGCACCGCUAGCACAACAGUCAGAGUACAUGGAAAGACCCACAGCAGCAAGGGUCAGGCUGGCCAGCAGAAUGCAUCGCAAGCGAGGCGGGGGAGCAUAUUAUGUGUUUAUCUUUGUGUUAGGCUCUAUUUUCAAAGAGUAAAGCUGCCAUAACCUGCUAUUCUGUAUCACAAAGACCAGAUAACUGCUAGUCGCUAUGACUGGGGACUUCCUUAUACGGCAGGCCAUGAUCCACGAUGCAGAUGCCAUGGCCAGAAUCAACAUCCUGGCACUCAACACAAAUGAGCUGUGGCAGUUUAUGAUGAAGGAUGUCGAGCCCGAUGCACUCCAAGAGUUCGUCUCACAAUCAUUCAGGCACCGUCUAUCGAGCGCCACGAAUCUAUACUUUGUCGUAGUCCAAGCACAAACCCUACAGAUUGUUGGUUGUGCUGGAUUAUCAUUGCCCAAGUCUAGCAUCAGUGCAAAUGGCAACAGCAGCGAAGUAGCAGAAGACCCUGAAUGGCCACCGGGUAUCAACAGGGGGCUUGCUAAUCAUUUCUACAACGAAAUUCUGAACCAAGGGCAGCGAUAUGGAUUCGACGCUUCCAAGGACGCAUGUAGAACCGGAACAAAUAUCCAUCCAGACUACCACGGACAGGGCUUGGGUACGCGGCUGAUCCAGCACUGCAAUCGCUGUCCAGAGGUGCAAGGAGUGAACUUGUAUGUCGGAGUCAAUGAUGCUUCUCAUGGUAUCUUUCUAAAAGAGGGUUUUGUUGAGCUUGGGCACAUGGACACCCUGUUAAACAAGUACGGUGGUCCGGACCUUGUGGUCCGGUCAACCUCCUGUUAUCGCCCAGCUCAUCAAUAGACGCCUGCCUAUCCACAAUCACAAACUAUCGAGCGUAUGCUACCCAAUUCAUGCGCUUAGGACCCCGUCGCUAUUUUUUGUUUAGAAAGACUAUAAAUAUAUUGGGAGAUAAAAAGCGUACUAUAACA